AUGACCACAACCACCAACGACAACAACAACAACAACAGCACCACAACCACCACUUGUCCUUGUACAGACCUUAUCGAUUCUGACGGCAACUGUAAACAAUGCCAACGGUCAUUAGCAAAAAGCGCCGCCGAGAUUGAACGACUGAAACGGGAAUUGGAAGAAAAGGAUGCUGCCAUGGAACGAAUGCAACAGGAUAUGCAUACACUGAAUCAAAAGUAUGUUGCCGAGAUCAAUCGCGUCGCCGAGGUGCAGCAUGAAAAAGAUAUGGUUGAACACGAAUUAGAAGAGUUGAGUACUCGUCUCUUUGAGCAAGCGAAUGGCAUGGUGGCAGCUGAGAAACGUGAAAAAUGGCUUCUUGAACAACAACUGCAACAAGCUGAAGAGCAUCUACGUGCCGAGAAGAGUCAAUUACAAGAGCUACGAGAGCGUAUGAUGAAGGAUGAACAACAUGAGGAUGCUCAAGUGAUCGUACGUGCACGUAAAGAUUUACAACAAUUGCAUAUCAAACGAGCAUCAGCUACCAACUUGUAUCGACGCAAGACGACAACGAAUACAGUGGCACAAAAGAAGCAACAACAGCAACAAUCAAGGAUCACAUCGAUGCCUCCACCACCACCUUCAGCACCUGUGACUCAAAAGACAAUGACGAUUGAUGAGAUUCAGUUGGAAGCCUUUCAAGAAUUUGUGCAAUCGAGUCGAUCCAAAAAGUUGAACCAGUUUGCAUACAUGAAGCAUUGUCUUGCAGAAGAUGUCGAACCUUGUUUGCGUUUUGGUUCUCAUUCUCGUCUCUCAGUGAAAAAGCUCAAUGAAUACCUUUCUCGACAACCCUGCUUUAUCGAACAACAUCAACAAGAUUCAGUUCCUACCGGCACUACUUAUUCUUCCGCUGCUGCACGUCCUCUUUGGGAACGGUUCUCAUCCAACCAUCACCAUCAUCAUCAGCAACAACCCGUAUGCGUAGCGUGUGGUCGAUCAUCAGAACAUUCGCCUUUGAAUUAUCGUUUCCGAGUGGAUGAAAUGGAUGAAUGGGCUCCUAUUGAUCAAUAUUGUCGCGAUCGAUUGGUCGCUGUAUGCGAGUUUUAUGUCUUUAUCCGCAACAUCCAACAUGGCCUUUACUCGGAUCGUGCGAUUGAUGACUUGUAUGCUGAAAACAUUUGCUUGCGUCUUCAAAUGUUUUAUUCUCGUAUGGGAGCACUUCCUGUGAUUCUUGAUGGCAUAGGAGUAGACCCUGACGCAGUUGGCAAGGCAUCUCAACCACUUGAUACGAUUCCAGAUGACGCGUAUGUUUCAGAUGGAUCCAUCUCAACCGGUCCUCAAACACCUGUGCAACCGCAACAUGAAGAAAUUGCAUCAUAG